CUCUACAUAUUGUCCGAACCCUACAGACUCCCUUUGCCCUUUCAUUCUUCUUUUCUCUCCCGCUCUCUCUCAGCGUCUAAUCUCUCUCUCUCUGUCUCUCUACUUCUAAAUAUUAUAUCUAUGAUUAAUAAACAGAGAUAGAUAUAAAAUAUUCAUCUCUGAUUAAAUUAUCCUUUCCUUCUAUUGAUUUCAAGAUUACUGUUUCACUGCAGUAGUUAUAUUAUUUAAAUACUGCUGACGUGGCGUUCAUCCAAUAACAAACGGCCAUGAACACCAGAACGAUGCAUCUUCCGCCACGUCGUCUGCUGACGUCAGACAAACGAACUCUCCCGAGUGGCGUCGCCGAGAAACCGACUGAGACAACCGUAACAAAUCCACCACCGUCCAUGAAAUCUAUUCUCAAGAAAACUCUGAUUGUGGCUCCACCGCCAACGUCUGCGACCGCCGAGCAAGCCGGUUCGAAUCAGCUCCUUGCCGGUUAUUUGGCUCACGAGUAUCUAAACAAAGGCACACUCUUCGGAGAGAAGUGGAAUCCGGCUCGAUCCGAAUCGAUUGCUGAGGGGAGGAAGAAUAAGCAGAGCCAUGGUAAAGAGCCGAGUGAUAAUAAACGGAGGAGAUAUGUGGAGGUAGCUGAUAUCCUCAGGGCAGAGGGGUCCUUCAUGCCAGGUAUCGUCAACCCUUCACAGCUUGCCCGAUCCCUUAAAUUGUGAUGGCGUAAAUACAAGUGGAGGAAUCAAAUUGGUUUGGUCCACCGGAAAAUCAAGAAAGUCAUAAGACAUUCCUCCUCGUUGCCUUCUUCAAAAUUGACUCGGAAAUAUUAUGGUGUUUUGUUGUUGUUGCUGUUUGGGAUUAGAUGUAAUGUGUUAUUGUAAAUCGGGUGAUUUUAUCGAUUAGUCAAUGUGUUGAAAAAUUGAAUGCCGGUUUAAAUAUCAUAUCAUUUCUGCGAAUUUUCCGCUUCCGAUGUGCAUGAUAAAUAGAUCAAUGUUUUUAUUCA